AGCCAUGUGGGUUGGGUUGGGGCUGACCCUGGCUCUCUGCCUCCUCCCAGGAGGAGGGGCGGAGAGCCAGGGCUCCAGCACCCGUUGUAGAGAAGCUCCGGACUGGCGCAUUGGGGAGGAAAAUCCUAUGCUGGACUCCAGAGGUUUCGUAACGGUAGUGGCUCUUCUCAAAGCUAGCUGAUUUUUGUGCCUGCUCCAGGCUUCCAGGCUGGAAGACCUGCGACUGAAGCUAGAAAAUGAUGGAUUUACCAACGUCUCCUUUGUGGUCGUCAACCACCAGGGGCACAGUUCCCGGCAAAAGUAUCCCCAGCUGAGAGAGAAGGUUUCGGAGAACGUUCCUGUAUACCAGCAGGAGAACGCCCAGCCUGAUGUUUGGACUACUCUAAAUGGAAAGAAGGAUGACUUCCUGAUCUAUGACAGGUGCGGCCGUCUUGUGUAUCAUCUUGGUUUGCCUUACACCUUUCUAACUUUCCCCUACGUGGAAGAUGCUAUUCAGGUUACAUACUGUGAAUCAACAUGUGGAAACUGUUCUUACAUGACCCCAGAGAUUGAAGAAAGAUGCAAGAACAUAACAAAACUCGCCAAAGCACCCACCAAGUUCACAGACCCUCUCCCCGAACUUCCCAGGCACCAUCACAGACACGGGGACGUGCUUUCUGAAAAUCAAAACCAGCGCGGCGCUGUUCACGUCCACGGGCAUCGAUCCCAUCAGGACCACCUGCAACAGCGUAGAGUUAAUGCAGGUCAGGCCGGUAGCUGGGAGGCAGCUGAAGCUGCCCUGCAGCAAGCUGCUGAAACCUCCCCACAAGCGGAUGCAGGGCCUUCUUCCGGUAGCUGAUGCUGACACUGACGGCAUCUGUUGUUUGAGGAUCUGGCUAGCACGGCCUCCUGAUCCUGCCGCGGAGAGCUCCCGUCUUCCUGCAGGUGACAGGGCCAGCUGUUGGCAGAGACCGUCGUUGAGUCUUGUCAGUGACGGCUGCCUACAGCUGCUUGA